AUGAUCUCACAUUUACUGGUGAUUUUGGGUUUUAAUUGGUUUAUUGAUUUAUACCGGAUCACAUUUGACCCGAAACGACCAAUUUGUCAACUCAUUGAAGACAAGGGUCAGGGAGUCAGUGAUAACCAACUACUCGUUACACGCGGCCAACGAUUGGCCAACUGUGGCGAACAUCCCGAACUGCACGGUUCGCUGUGCGAUACGGAUGCCGACUGCGAACAGCGGGCAAUGACACCAAAUGGCCGGCAAACGAGUCGGUGUGUUCGCUCGGAUAUCCCGAUACACUUUGACAACAACGAUACGUGGAGUUGGGUCAACACAUGCGAGAUAUAUGGCUAUUGUCCCGUUGAUAGUCAUUAUCCGCCAUUGAAAGGUUUCCGAGCACUACUAUCGGACACCCAAUACUCUACGCUAUGGAUCGAAAAUUCGGUAUAUUUUCCCGAUACGGGUCAAGUUGUAAGCAAUCAGUUUAAUCGGCCGCACAAUCACUCCGAUCGACUGCUGUGUCACUACAAUCGCUAUAACAAUCCUUUUUGUCCGAUAUUUCUAUUGAAAGAUCUUAUCGAAAAUGCCGACAAUAAUAACGAGUCCUAUAAAAUACUAACUGGUGGUGAUGGUAGUAGUGGCGGCGGAAAUGUUGGCGAUGGUGUUAGCACUGGUGGUGGCAGUAGUGGCGGCGGAAAUGUUAUUUGGAAAAUGGAAAACUUAUGUUAA